UACAGCAUGGUCAUUGAGCGUGUGUCAGAAUGUACUAUUAUUUUUUAGAUGUUUUAAGUAGUAGCCCUGCCGAUGACAGACGACCCUUAUUCAAACGUCGGCAUUGGCAUCCGCCACUUGUCGCUACGUCAGAGAGCUGCCAUGUAUGUCAAUAGGAAGUUUGGCUGGUGACGUCGCUAUUGCAUUCCAACGACGUAGGACUGUAAAAGGAAUCAAAAUAGCAUGCCAAUGCAGGAGUUGAAGUUCUAAUCAACAUUACGGUUUCCAAUUUCCAAAUGAGAAAGGGGAUAGACGUGUACGAAAAAGAUUC